CAGGGAGCCGUCGAUGGAUAAAGUCACGGAGUUUAUCCCUCUCAACCCAAAUUUCCAAAAAAUUGACAGAAAAACAUCAAAGAAAGGGUGAAAAGUGCAAAGUGUGGGUGCACUACGUGCUCAGGACACGGGAAAUGUGUGAAAAAGUGCAAAAGAGCGCAUUGUGAGCGGUGAAAAGUGUAUUGAGGAAAAUUCUUUAGGUGAGAAAAUCCUCCGUGUGUCUGCUGCAACGUCCGUCACUGCGGGGAUUUUCUCCUGUGCAUUUUUCACCCGGAAGGAGUGGAAAUUCCCAAGCAGGGAGUCCUCUUGGCCACUCUACACGGGUGAAUGUGAGUGUCCCAUGUGCGGGGUCUUGAUGAUGAGACGAUAAAGUGAAAAAAUUGAGUGUUACAGCCAACCAUUGUAACCGUGUGUUGUUUGCAAUGUCGCAUCGUGGGAAACGACCAAGUCGUUGUGAGAACGAUGGUCCGCCCCCCGUUAAGAGGCGCAAGGGGCGGCCACCGAUUACGGGUGGCACAACAGCCACUGCAAAUGAUGAGGAUGAUGCCAAUGUUGCAGCAUCGCAGGCCAAUUCGUCGUCGAAAUCCGCUCAAAAUUCCGGAUCCGGUGCUGGAACGUCGUCAACAUCGAAGAAUUGGCAACUCAGACAGAUGACCGAUUUGAAGAUUUCAAGUAUCUACAAUCGCAAUGCUCCGGAAGCCCCAGCUGAACUCUUUAGAAAGGACUUAAUCAGUGCCAUGAAACUACCGGAUUCGGAGCCAUUGGCGCACGAUGAGUACUGGGUUAUUGCGGAUCAAUGGAAGCAGGAAUGGGAACGUGGUGUUCAGGUACCAGUUAAUCCGGAUUCCUUGCCAGAGCCAUCAGUUCGUGGUAUCCAGAGCUCUACAAUCUACAAGGGGAGGUCGGACUUUAAAUUGCCUAAGAACAAGUACAUCCGAAUAACAAAGGAUGAAAGUUUCUCGUCUGAACUCCACUAUUUAUCAAAUGCACCAGCAAUGGCUGAUGCUGCAUGUUCUUAUGAUUUGGAUCAGUGUGACGAGGCGUGGCUCAAACUAACCAACGGCGAGAGGGUCCAAUGUGGCCUACCACCGGUGACUGAGGAGCAGUUUGAGCGUGUUGUUGAGGAGCUAGAAACUCGCUGCUGGGACAAAAUACAAGCAAUCAUGAAGAGUGAGGAAGGUCUGGGCAUCGAAUACGAUGAGAAUGUUAUUUGUGAUGUGUGCCGAUCACCUGAUUCGGAGGAAGCAAACGAAAUGGUCUUUUGUGAUAAUUGCAACAUUUGCGUACAUCAGGCUUGCUAUGGAAUCACUGUGAUUCCUCCAGAGAAUUGUAUUGCAGGUCAAUGGAUGUGUCGGACCUGCAAUGUGGGCCAGCGCCCGGACUGUGUGCUCUGCCCCAAUAAGGGUGGUGCAAUGAAAUCAACGCGUUCGGGGCAAAAGUGGGCGCACGUGUCGUGCGCACUGUGGAUCCCAGAAGUGAGCAUCGGUUCGGUGGAUCGUAUGGAGCCAAUUACGAAGAUUUCGAGCAUUCCGCAGAGUCGAUGGGCGCUACUUUGUGUGUUGUGCCGUGAGCGCGUCGGGGCGUGCAUUCAGUGCUCCGUGAAGACGUGCAAGACGGCGUAUCAUGUCACGUGUGCAUUUCAGCAUGGACUUGAGAUGCGUGCCAUCAUUGAGGAUGAGCACGCGGAGGAUGGGGUGAAGUUGCGUUCGUACUGCCUCAAGCAUAGUAUGAAUAAGAGUAAGAGGGAUAAAAGUGGGAAUUCCGGUGGGAGUGGCAAUGCCAAUGGGUCAGGGAGUGAGGAUGACGAUGGGAAGAGGAAGAAGCAGCGGAAGGAUAUGACGACGGAAGAGAGGAAUCAGGCACGUAUUCAGAGGCUGCAGGAAGUUGAGGCGGACUUUGAUAAGCAUGUGAAUGUGAAGGAUAUCAGCUGCCAUCUCCUUGAGGUGGAUCAAGAGGGCAUUCACAUAAUCUACAAUUAUUGGAUACUCAAGCGAAAAUCCAUGAAUAAUCGCCCAUUGUUGCCGCCAAAGUCCGAAGAUGUGGACAUGGCGACGCACAAACAAGGGCAAGCGGAUGUGGAGAAGAUGAAGAUGUUUGUGCACCUGAGGCAGGAUCUCGAGCGUGUACGGAAUUUGUGCUACAUGGUGAGCCGCAGGGAGAAGUUGAGUAGGUCAUUCUUCAAAAUGCGCGAACAGACAUUCCACAAGCAGAUGACACUCCUUAUGGAUUUGAAGGUGAAGAAGGUGGAUGAGACGCUCGUGCAGGCAAUCCUCCAAGCGAAUCAUGGGCCAUCAAUCUACGAUCGUCUGUACUCAGCACGGCAAGUGCCGGUGAUGGGGCAGGAUCGGUGGGAGCAGCUAGUCAAUCGGCUGACGGAAAGUGUGAGUGUUAAGGGCAGCAGCGAUGGGGGUGAUGAGAAGCAAGCAAAGGCCUCCGCCGGUGUGGAUCUCAAUGGUGUCAAUCGUGACACAAAGGCACGGAAUAAGCAGACAAAGAAACAAGUGUUCAAUGGGGCAGCUGCACGCAGGGCAUCCACCUACGUGAGUAGUUUGUCCAGCGAUAGUGAAUCCUCCACGGGACGUAUGAUCCGGGAGAUGUCGUCGACGACGACGGCAACGGCGACGGCGACGACGUCAAAGAAGGGGGCACGAACGCCAAAGAAUGCCGAAGGGACGAAAAUUGAUCGACGGAAAAGACGAAUUAACAGCACAGCGGUCAAGAGUAAGUCCCUCGUGGAGACAAGUAGUGAGGAUGAGGAUGCCGUUAAGGUGGGUGGUGGUGAUAAGCAACGUUCCCCGCGCAAUCGGACACUCCGUCAAAUGGCACGUGAGAUGUCAAAUGACAAGAGUCGCCAAUCGGCGAGUGAUGAGAGUGACGAACUGCUGCCAAUACGGAAUAGUAGUGGUCAGCAUGUUGGCACAAAGGAUGCCCGUGGGAAGAUGUCAGCCAUCUACUCGGACAGCGAUAGUACGGAUAAGGAUAAGACGGAUAAUGCGGCGAGUGAUUCGCAGCAGCACGUUGUGAGGACGAAGGCUGCAAUGAAGGAAUUUGUACCGCACAAGGGUGCCAAGGGGGCGGACUCCAAGAGUCGCGCACCAGCAGACGCAGAGACGGCGGUGAGUGUAAAUAGGAAGAGGGAUCGGAGUAAAACUGCAAAGCAGGAAAACAGCAAUAAAGUGGCCAAUAAGACGUCGGCAAGUAAGAAGGAUAUUCUGACGGAUCUCUUGGUUGUGCCACAGCGUCAAGCGGCUAAGAAGGCGUCGGAGAAUUUGAAAUCCACCGGAGGAGCAACAGUUUCGGGUACGGGUAAAAAGGAAGUGGCCAAGGAGGCGCCUACCAAGGCACCAGCUGAGGCUGAACCCGUUAAGGAACGUCGUGAUUCAGUGGUGAGUUCCUCAAAGGAGGAACGUGUGACAAAAACAGCUCCUGCAACAACAAAAGGAAAGACGCCAAAGGGACAACAAACAUCCGCAGCUGCUGCUGCAAAGGUGCCGAAUGAGAAGGAAAAGACCCCAUCGGAGGUAUUGGCAUACGUACCCCAACGGCAGGCGGCAAAGAAGGCGGCUGAGCACAUAAAGAGUGGCCUUGGGAAGCCAACGGAAGCCCCUCAGGCGGCUGCGGAGGAACCCAAAGCCACAAAGGCAACAAUUUCCCCGCAAAAGAAACCAACGCAGGAGGUGGAGAGUAAGAAGAAUGCCACACCUGUUGUGAUCUCGAGUAGUUCCAGCUCAUACAGCGGUAGUAGUUCAUCGUCGAGUUCCAGUUCGUCGUCAUCGUCGGAAAGUGAUGAGGAGACACCCGCAAAGGAGCCACAUCCCACGACGAAGGAUUCAAAGGAAUCCUCCUCCACGAAGGAGCAGGAAAAAGAUGAGAAGAAGAAGGUGGCAAAGAGUGUGAGUACAGGUAAGAAUCCCCCGGCAAAUAAUAGAGCCAGGGAUUUGCCCUUUCUUGACAAGGAUGCAAAACCCCUGCGCUCAGCCACGAGUAGUGACACGAGUGACACGGACACGGAGACAAGUGAUGACAGCAGUGAAUCAGCGGGCAAUAACAACAAUCGCAAUAGCAACACCACCAAAAAGAAUGCCACAAACCAGCGUCGGGUUGUUGCAGAAGGGAAGCUUAAAACUUCCGGACUGGGACGACCGGGCGCCAGUGGUGGUGUCACGGCCGAUGCGGCAAAAGGUGCAACUGGAGCAACAGCAGCAGCAGCAGCAACCAAAACUCCUGCACGUGGCAGUAAGAGGCAGAGUGUGUCAAGUGAUCGGCGACGAAGUGUUGACCGCGACAAACAGGGAGCUCCUGAUAAGAUUCCGGAGUUGCCAGGAGAAGGUGGUGCAGCACGACGAAGACGUUCAACGGCAACAUCCCCGCGUGCCAUUGCUGGCGCUGGUGAAAAGUUGCUACCGAAGCGACAGGAUGAAGCCACGAGCCCGUCCAAGGGCAUCAAGUCCGAUGAACUUUCACCUGAGAAGCGGAAAACGCACGAGAAAUUGAAUGCCACCACCAAAGAGUCCCCGAAGAAACCCGAACAGAGUCCGCGGCAGCAACAGAGGCGGAAAUCCCGGACGCCGAGUGAGGAGAAUAAGGAGCCGCAAUUUAAGAGUCCCGAAAGGAAGCAACCGCCACCGAAGCCAUCACCAAAUCCGGAAGAGGUUGCAAAGAGUAGGAGUGCAACACCGACAAAGCGGGGAGGAGAUGCAUCACCUGUGAAGAAGGGUGUUGUGGAUGAGAUUCCCGUGGUGUUGUCGCCGUACAAUAAACAAACAUCCGUGGAUGUGAAGGCCGGUGAUCCACCGAGUGAGAUGCGUGAGAGUGAAAAUCGUCCGGCAAGUGCAAUGGAGAAGACAACACCAAAGAGUAUCUUCUCACCACUACCACAAACACCCAACUCUGCUACUGUUGCUGCUGCACCUCCUCCUGCAAGUGCCAAAAGUAAGGAUCCGUGUGCAUUCUUUGACUUUACCGACGAUCUCCUGCCCAGUGUGUCUGAGACGAUAAAUGACGAUGGGUUUAGUGUGCAACCGGAUGGUGCUGAGAAUGUACGUGCUGUCGGUAUGGGGGUGCCAUUCUCGCAUACAACGGAUAUCCUAUUCAAGGAGGACUACAAGGAGGACAGUGAGAAGGAAACGAUGAAUUUGGUGGAGAAGUUGAGGCAGAAAUUCAAGCGAACUCACUCAACGGCUUCAUCUGCCCCCUCGGAGUCUGGGAAUGUUGAGCAGAAGGAGCAGCCGCAGCAGCAGCCACAGCAGCAGGAUGUUGUAGCAGAUGCGGUGGAGAGUAAAGUCAAUGAUGUGUCAUCCGGGCACAAUUUGGAUAAAUCCACGAAACAUCCGGUGGAAGAGGAGAAAACUCUGCCAAAUUUCACAGCUGAUAAAUUCGACGUGAAUACGGAGACUGUGCAGAAGAUUGCCAGUGAUGCAAUUGAUCCGGUACCGCAUGAUGAUCGAUGGAUACCACCGUCGGAGAUAACUCCGAGUGCUUUGGCACAUUUGAGUCAGUUGAUGUUUGAUCACAAAGUCAUGCCGCCGAAUUUGGCUCAGGCAACAAUGGAGGAGAUUGUCUCACAGAGCCUCGUGGCAGCUGCUGGCAACAAUGCGGACUUCCUGAAGCAAUUCCAGGAGCGUAUGGAAUUCCAAACGAAUCAAUGUAUUGCAGCACAGCAGCAGAUGCAUCAGCAAUCGGUAAUCACGUCAGAUGUUGUCGCACCACCAGCAGCCGCGCAUCCGCCACAAAAACCAAUGACGCCGCAUAAGAAUGCAGCAAUGGAGUAUGAUGAUUCGAGUAUUCAAUCCCCGUAUUCAGUGCAUCAGCAGAAUUGGGUGGAGAGUGAUAUGAUGCCCAACAGGCGGUCAGUGUCGUCAUCACCAGCAAGUAGUGGGUCUGAGAGUCACGACACGAAGGCAGUCCAACCGCAGCGUCUCACGGAGAAUACAAUGGUGACCAAUCAGAUGCACCAUCGGAAUAUGCUGCAGGAUAUGCCGUCAUUUAUGAAUGUUCAACAUCCGGGCAUUCAGCCAUUCCCACCUGUUUCAGCGGCACCACCACCACCACCACCCAAUGCCGCCCCAAUGGACAGCAUGUUGCCUCCAUAUAACUAUCCGGAGACAACAGGAGGCUUCACGGGGCCCGUAACACUCUUCCCGCCAACGGGAAUAAAUGUUCAAUUACCCUUCCCAUCGCCCGGAGCAGCAAUGUUCCCUCCGGCUUUUCAGCAAUCCUUCACAACGGCACCCACGCAACCACCUACAUCCCUCUGUGGUGUGGGACCAAUGCAGAAGCCCGAAGAUCUCCUUUCGGUGACAAAUACAAUCCCCUCGUACCCAUCAAAUCCAUGUGGAGCUGCUUUUACGUCUUCAUCGCAAAAUAUGGCUCUCACGGCGGCAAUGGUGUCCCCAACGCCUGCUCCUCCUCCCAUCUCGAUUACAUCACCACCACCACAGCAACUCCAACAACAACAACCCAUGGAUAGAACGAGAUUCCCCGUAAAUAAUGUUGAAUGCCUCCCGUCGAAUCUAUCGCAGCAGCAACAGCAACAGCAACUGCCUGCGCAGAAGGACGUUCAACGCAGUGAGGAUGAUGUGAUGAAAUCCCCACCAAAGCCAAGUCGUCAAUCAUCGAGGUAUCAACAGGCGGGUGGUCAAACAACCAAAUCACCCGCCAAGAGCCCGGCAAAGAGUCCACGGCAGCAAAUUGAUGCAAAUCGACAACUUUCACCGGCAAAUAAAGCCCCCAAAGCUGAUGCGACGACAAAGGCGAGGAAGGUCCGGAAUGCAGCAACGGCCGGACGUGGACGUGGCCGUGGUAGGGGACGUGGGGCAAAGGCAGGAAUGCACCAUUUCCCACCGUUGGGUGUGUCGGAGUUUGAUUUUAUGACCGGCGGGACGAAUCACAGCAAACUCGCGGGUACAGUGUAUGAUUUUGAUGAUGAAAUCGGCGGGGAGAGUGUGGAGAAUCUCAAGGCAAUGCGUGAUAGGAGGAGAUCAAUUGAUUGUCGUGUAGAACCAUUCAGGAGUGCGGCCACAUCACCCAAAUUUGCCAGCCCCAAUGCACAUUCCAAGCAAUCACGACCAAUUCCACCGCCAUUCUCAACGGCGGACAUUCGCAAUCUCAGGCCACCAAGUCCCGUACGGACGGAUACAGCUGUACCCCAGGAGACACCCACAACAUCCCUGCGUGAUAUUGUUCAACCUGUCCUCCCGGGUCCUGUGGACAUGCGGACGUACAAUACGGGCUUCGAUGCAUCAUCGGAUGCCUUCAAUAAUCACCUGUUGCGGGCAUUUGCAAGUGGGACAGCUGAUCAAACACUCGCUGAUAUUGAUGAGGAGAUGGAGAAGGAACUCCAGUCGGCACUCAAGGCGAGCAGUACGAAACCCAAGAGUCCAGCAGCACAGAAGGUGCCUGAAAGUCAGGUAGCCCCACAGGUGCCACAUGAGGAAUUCAUAUCGGAGUUGGAUGCAUCGAAGCCGAAAGUUUCCCUUUCGGAUUCGAGUAAUCAGCUAAAGUUGAAGAUUAAGGGCCCAUUGGCGCAUCCGGAUAACUACAAUAGUCAAGCGACAGCAGUACGGCAUCCCGCGGUUGGGCAUCCGGGGCAAAUGGCAACGGGCAUUGAUGCCUCCUUCCCGGCAACAUCAACCAAUUGCACACUGGGGGCAAUGCCAACGCCCGGAAGUUCCAAUUUCCAUCGUAUGCGAAAGAAGGAACUUCUACGGCAGUACUGUAGUCAAGAUAUGAACAUGGAUGCCCAUGUGGGACCACCGGCGAGUCUUAUGAUUCACAAUACGCAAAUGAAUCGAAGUGUUGGCUUCCCCAAAGCUGUGGAUUCAAUGAGUUCCAUUCCCACGAAGGAGGAUUACAAGGAUUAUGCGAAUAUUGAUCCGAAGAAGAGGAAGAAAGUUGGUGGGAUGUCACGGGAAUUGCGACAGCUGGAUAUUGGAUCGUAUGAGAUGAAUGACGAUGAUCCCAUGAGGAUGUCCUUUGAACUCGAUGGUGGCAAUGCAGCAGCAGCAGCUGCAGCUGGGUAUGCUUCAUCAAAGAGACGUAUGCGGGGGAGUACGGGUGCCAAUAGUAAGGACAUUCCGGGUAUUGGGGAGCCACCAUCAAAUGCAAUUCUCUCAACGCCCAAGUUGAAGAUUAAAAUUGGCCAAGGGGUGUUCGAUGUGAGUCCACAGACGGAUAAACGUCUCAGUGGGCGUCCGCCGAAGAAGCGUAUUAGUCAGAAUAUGACAAUGCCCAUCUUGGAGGACAUUAAGCGGGAUUGCAUGAACUUCCGGAAGAUGGUAAUGGCGGAUUUCGAGGAGAAGGAAAAGGUGACAAAGCCCAAAAAAGUGAAACCCACGAAGGAGGAGAAGCGAAAGAAGAAGAAGGAUAAGAAGCACAAGUUUCAGAUUAUCAAUAAUGGCAAUAGUGAUGCAGCCCCCAAGCUUAUCAUACGUCUGGGGAAGCGGAAGAGUGAGGAGGGGCAGGAGCCACAAAUACCCCAAGAUCCGUAUGAGUAUGACCCGAAUGCUGUUGACCCGCUGGCAAUGGAUGAACCUGUAUCAGCUGAGAAGCCAACACUGAGGCGGAAGAGUUCAUCGGCGGCGAAUGGGCAGGAGAAGCAAAUUACGCCGAUUCGAUUGAAAAUUUCACGGAAUCAGGGGAAGUCGUAUGUUAUGGGGGAAAAGGAGGGCGGCGAUGGGGGUAAAAAGACUGACAAGGAUAUGGGGAAUCCCCCCACGACAGAUGAAGCUACACAGCUCAACUGUACAGAUGCCAAGGGGAAGAAAGUACCAGCUGAAUCGAAUCUCGAUGCUUCCAAAACAUCAUCAAGCGGUGCCAAGAAGGCAAAUUCCGGUGAGUCGGGAAAGUCCGGAAAUCCUUCUGUCAAUGCCACAGAUGGGGAGAAGGGUGGUGGCAAAAAGGUUGGUGGAGGGGAUGCCGUGAAGGUGCCCCCGGAAAAGGACUCAAACAGUACCAACAAAGUGGAUGAAAAGACCAAGAAGGUGGAUACAAAGGACACAGAGGCAUCCACAAAAGGCUGCCCUCCGCUUCCUCUCAACAAAGACUGCGAAGUUAGGUGAUAGCUUCGACACCGCUGAAGGGCGAUUCCUUGUGUUUUGUUAGUUGUACCCGCUGCCAGGUAAAGAAUUCUCUGUUCUUUCUUUUCCACCCCGUUUGGUGCUCUUUUUCCUUCUUUCUUUUUGCAAUGGGAUUCCCAAGAAGGUCACACUCCGCAUAUUUCUGCGAAUUUAUUUCCCAUUUUGCGCAUCAUUUUUUUUUAUUUGAUUUAAAAAAGAAAGAAGAAAGAAAAUGAAAAAUUAUAGAGAAAAUCAUUUUGAGAAUAAAAUUAUAUUGCAUAUUGUAAUAAAGUUUGCUGAAAUGUAAAGCAAAAUAGUUCUAAAACGGGAAAUUAUUUAAAAUAAAGAAGAAAGAAAUGUAAAAAGCGCGGGGAAACACAAUGGCAGCAGUAAAAAAUUUACCACCAACGAAAUGUGUUUUAGUAAAUGCGGUUCGCGAAACAAUUUUGCAAAUUAUGAUAGGAGAAGAAUUAAAUGUGGUACGAAAGUAUCUUUAAUGAAAUUUUGAAUGGCAAUUUGAAGAGAUUUUCAAAGAAUUUAAAAAAAGGAAAAAUGUGUGGUUUUGGGUUAAAUUCGGGUACUAAGUCUCACUUAGACCGGUUCUUAAACCAGAUUUAGGUUUCUUUUUUUUCAAGAUAAGGCUUUUACGGUUUUAAAGUUAGGUUAACGUGACUUGGGGCUGAAGGGAUUCUAAAAUGAUAAUAUAAUAUCUAAUAUAAUUUAGAUGCUCGAAGGCGCUCAAAAAAUGCACUUAACCUUUAAAGAAAAACUUAAUCCUGAUUCAAAAAAACUUAAACCUGGUUUAAAACCUUAGGACUAGUUUAAUUAAAAUUAGGUCAAAGUUAGAACGAAAAAUCUGAUUAUAUAUUUAUUGGUUUAGCUAAACGUAUUCUGAAAAAAAAACUUAUUUUAUAACAAAAUUUUAAUAAAGAAAAAAUCUCAAUAAUUUGAAUUCAAAACUUAUCCGCCAUGUUGAAAGAAAAAUCAAAUUUUAUCAUCUCAAUAUCUUGGAUUCCAUUAAUAAACUGAAACUCUUAUAAGUGGUUAGUGGGGUGAACUUGUUUAAAUUAUUUGGAAAUAUAUAAUUUUAAAGAGAAAUAAAAAAAAAACAUAAUUGAUUAAAAAAAUAAGUCUUCCAUCUUAUUGCUUUGACCUUAUUAUUAUAACAAAAACAUUCAUAAAAACCACUAAAACAGUUUGGUUUCCAACAUUUAAAACUUUACGGACUUCAAUCUUUUAUUCUUAACAGUUUUUUUUCCAUUAGUUCUGAUUCUUAUUUAAUGUCUUAACACUUAAACAGAAAUUUGGUCAUUUUGAAAAAAAAGAAAAGAAAAAAUCGUUUAAUUGCAUAAAUUUAAUUUGGAAAAAAAAGUAAAUUUCUUCAAAAAAUGCCAUUUAAAUCCAUAAUUAUGACCAACUUCAUUCUCCUUAUCAUAAUUUGACAAUGAUUUUGCCUAUAUUCUAUUGUGUACCGCUUCGACUAUUUCAAUUGGGACGAGACAGGAAGAGGAAAAUAAAUAAAUGAUUUAAAAAAAAAAUGAAGAUAAGAGGGGGAGAAACCAAAAUAAAACAAAAUAAUACAAAUUUUGGUGGAAUUUUGUGUAAAAAAAUCCUGUAAAUACUUUUUCUUCGUGAGAAAUUCUAUAUAAAAAAAAAACUUUUUGGAAAUUUUUCAAAUCAUGACUGUUGAUUAAUUUUAUUUAUUUUUUUUAUACAAUGUAUUUCUUUUUCAUCAUAAAAAUUGCAAUUAUAAAAAAUGGGACUGUGACAAAAAAAGUAGUGCGUGAGAUGUGGAUGAAGGGAAAAAAUGUAGGUUUAUUUAAAAAUUGUUUUUUUUAUUAUUUUAUUUAUUGUUAUGCAGCGUGCAUUUUUUUACAAGAAAAAAAAAGAAUUUUCUUUCUUUCUCAUGAAUUCUUAUAGAAUUCUUUGGUUCAAUGAAUUCAGCAUUGAGUAUGUAAUUCUUUUUUCUAUCUAUAAUAAAUUUUAAAAAAAAACCCCAAAGCUUGUGAAGAGCUCGAAUUUGGAUAUUUAAUUAAUUAAAAAAACAAACAAACAAAUAAACAAACCCUUGAAUCAACCUUUAAAUUCUGUUGUAAAGCAAAAUAAUAAUUCGCUACAAAACUUUCUUAAAAGCUUUUUCAGAAUAAAUCUUUUUCAUUCAAUUUCUUUUAAUUUCUAAAUAAAAAUAAAUUAUUAAGUCAUAAAAGAAUAUUAAAAGCAAAGAAAUUCUGUACAUAAAUAAAUACAGAAAACAAAAAUCCUAAACAAUGUAAAUUGUCCAUAAAUUUCCCAAAAAAAAAAAACAAAGAUUCUUGCAACAAAAUAGUUUAAUUGAGAAAAAUCCCUCAAACAAGGAAUAAUAAACAAGUAAAAAAUGCGAGAAUUUUAACAAGAACAAGUUCUAAGCUAGAAAUUAAUUAGGCGACAAUUGUGUAAUAUUUAUAUUUAAUAAAAAAAAAGUAAUAAAAAAAUCUUUGAAAAAAAAUGAGAAAAAAAUAGAUUAAAUGCUCUUUUUAGUCAAACUAAAAGAAAUCCAACAUACCAUUAAAAGAAAAAAAAACUUUGUUAAACGACAAAUUAUGUACAAAGAGAUGAAAAGAAAAUAUUUCUAAAGUGAAUUUCUUCACGAAACAAUUUAAUAUUAAAUUCAUUCACAUUUAGUCAUGGUGUGUAAAGUUCAUCGUCGUCCAUUUGUAGUGAGAGAAAAUUAUUCAUUUCGGAAGUGAAAUAAAUAUUUAUAUGCAAAAUAAUCUGGGAGACAGAGCAAGAAAAAAUAUUCGAAUAAACAAAAAAAUUAAAAUUUUGGAUUAUAAAUAGAAAUUUCAUAAUAGUCAAAAAAAAAUUAAAAAGAAAAAUCGGUCAGAAUUUGCUUUUCAUUUUGGAAGGAGAAGAAAAAUGAAAAGACGAAGAACUUAAACCGAUAUUAAAGGUCAAUUAAUUAGAAUGUAGUGAGAAAAAACAACACAUAACAUGUAAAGGUCUUUUUAUAUAAUCAACCACUUUUUGCAAUAUUUAUUAUAAAAAUGAAAAAAAAAAACAAAUAAUAAUGAAAAAAAAACUAAUGUUAGAAAGAAUUCUGUCGCGUGUAGUCAAAUGGGGAUGGAUCUUGGAGACCUUUUAUUAAAGUAAUUAUCUUAUUACAUAAAAUAGAGAAAAAAAAAUGAAUUUCAAAAAAAAAAGUUUAAAGUUCUUUAACAAAAAAAAGGAAAUCAAAGAGAAGGUCCUUUAGAACUUGCUCUUAUGGGAAAAAUGUGCUAAAUUUUGCCAAGAAAAUAUUUUUUUUGUUUUAUUUUUUAUUGUCUCAUUCACUUCCCUUUGAAAUAUUUACAAUAGGGUGUCCCAGGAUGAUAAAGAAAAUUUUCAAAUGAUUUUUUUUUGUAUUUUGUGAAGCUUCCAUUAAAAACUUUAAAGGUAUUUCUACAAUUCUUUUCUUACAAGACUUUUCACAUUUACUGAUACCUACCUAAUUUUGUAUGCGUUUCAACACUUAAAAUAAAAGAAAUUGAUGUUUAAAAAUUUAGUGGAGAAAUAUUGAAAUAUUUCAAAAUACAUUUCAAUAAAUAAUUUCGAAACGAACAAAAACUAAUAAUUGCCAAAAUUUCAAGAAAAAAUGCAAACGGUUCGUUAAAACUUAAAGGGUUAACACUUGAAGGACAAAAUUGGCAAUCGCUGCCAGGUCGAUUUCUUUUUAAACGUCAUAGAGUAAAAUCAUGAUGGAAAUCAUGGGAGCUUAAAUUACUUCAAGAUCGUUAAGAAAAUUUAAGGAAACGGUUUCUUUUUGAGAGAAAAUUAAGACCAAAGUUUGAGGUUAGAAUUUUUGGUCCUUCAAGUGUUAAGAUCAUUUUUGAAAGUAAAAGAAGUAAGUUGUUUCUUAGAACAAUUUCUUUGGUUAUUAUUCGUAAAAAAAAUAUAAAACAAUUGAUCAUAUUUAGCGAUCAAGAUAUCUUUGAAGUCUUUGAAUUUUGUACUGAAAUUUCAAGAUUUUAAGCGAAUUUCAAGGGUUUCUUAGUCGCUUAAUAAAACCAAAUAAUGUCAAAAUUUCAGUAAAAUUCCAAAGUUUCAUGAAAAAUUAAUCAGUGUGAUUUUCUUCUUUCAUUUAUUAACAAAAAUAAUUCACAUUGUUAAAGAAAAAUGCCUCACGAACUUAUAAUAAGCAAUUAUCAAUGAAACUUGAUGCAAUAGAGAAACGAAUAUUUGGUAUUAUGCAUUCAUAUUGGGACACCCUUUGUUUUUUUGUUCUAACAUUACCUUUAAUCCCUUUAAUAUAUAAUGAAGGUAUGUAAUUUUCUCGCUCCAAAUUCAACAAAAGAUUACCAAUGUUGAGUGUAAAGAAAACUUCUCUUUUUCGUAGCAAAAAAAACAAAUAAACUUUAGACAAAAAAAUAUUCAGAAAUAAACGAAAACAGUGACUAAAUAAACAAAAAAAUACGUAGUGUGGGAGUAUGUAAGGUGAGGAAGAGGGAAUCGUUGGUAUGUUUAUCAAUUUUUAUCGUACAAGUUGAUUAUAUCAUUGUGUUUUGUUGAAUGUCUGCGCGUUUUCAGUGUGCAAGAGCGAGAGAGAUUUGAUGGAAAAUAAGAAAAUUCUGUGCGAUGAACCUUAACCCCCAUUAUUGACAACUUUUUCUAUCAAAAGGAGAAAAAAAACGAUUACAAGAAAAAAAAAACAUUUUUAUCUCCCCGUAGCGUAAAAGAAAAUCCCUUUUUAAGAAAAUGAAAAUGAAAAAAAAACGUAGUAGAUAAAAAGAAAACUUUUAAAUGAAUAAGAAAUUAAUAAAGAAAAAAAAUCUCUUCCCAAUCAUCCCGCCUUCGUGGAAAAGUUGAAGCAAAGAAAUUAGUGGAAAAGUUUGCAAAGAAAGAAAACUCAAUGGAAAAUCCACUCACAGAAACGUGAUGAAGAUUAUACAAAAAAAAAAGAAACUGAAGAACGUGGUGAACAAAUACUCUUGCUGUACAAAAGAAAAAAAAAGAUGAAGGAUGAAAAAAAUAUGAAAAAGAAAAAAAAAACUAGGAAUAAAUUGUAAAUACUAUUUUUAAUUGAUCUUUAUAUUAAUUAUAAAGAGUAAAAGAAAAAAAAGUAUAUAAAGUAGAUGAAAACUUGGGUUAUCAAAAUGCAUCAAACACAAUAUUAUUAAAAAUAAAACAAAACAUGAUAAAUUGAUGAAAAAAAAUGAGAAUAUAAAAAAAACUUCUUAAAGUAUAAAGAAAAUAACGUAAAGGUAAUUUUUGAUUAUUUAAAAUGAGUUGAAUGAUGACAGAGAUACUUUUUAAAUUAAUUCUAUUUGCAUAUUAGAAAUUUACUUAUUAUAUACAUAUUAUAUAUAAAUAUAAUUAAAAUAUUUACAUGAGCAUGCGAUGGAGAGAACUUACAUUUACAACCCUUUUAAUUAUUGUAUAUUUAAAUAAUUAUUAUAAAAAAAAUAAAUGAGAAGAUGGAAUGAGAUAGAGAUUCAAAGUACAUGAUAUAAUGGAUCUACAAUUAAUAUAAAAGAAAAAAAAACACAAAAAAUGAUGAGAAUAAAUAAUUAAACAAAAAAAUAAGUAAAAAUGCAGAUUAAUUAUUGUAUGUUGUAAAUAUGUGAAAUAUUGUGAGAGAACGAGGAUGGAAUUGUAUUAUAAAA